GUUUAUCCGUUUAAGAAACUUAAACGUUGAAUUAUGCCUGAUCCAGUGAAAGCGCCCAAGAAGGGCUCAAAGAAAGCCGUUUCUAAGAGCGUGUCUAAGACCGGCAAGAAGAAGAGAAAGACCAGGAAGGAGAGCUAUGCCAUCUACGUGUACAAGGUGUUGAAGCAGGUCCACCCUGACACCGGUAUCUCCUCCAAAGCCAUGGGCAUCAUGAACUCGUUCGUCAGCGACAUCUUUGAGCGGAUCGCCGGUGAGUCCUCUCGUCUUGCUCACUACAACAAGCGCUCCACCAUAACCUCCAGGGAGAUCCAGACCGCCGUCCGCCUUCUGCUGCCCGGUGAGCUGGCCAAGCACGCCGUGUCUGAGGGAACCAAGGCAGUCACCAAGUACACCAGCUCCAAGUAAACUAGCAGCUGUUUA